ACAUCCCUAAUUAUUAUAUAUCACCGGAAAACAUGCGUCUGACAUUGAGUAAACAAAGGCUUGACCGCACCUGAUCACCGCUUAUAAAGUUUCCUCUUCUUCCGUCUUUUUACUUCACCAUUGUUGAAAAAACAGUGGGGUUAAAGGUUUCAAGCGAAGAUGACGAGUGGAGGUGGUUACGGAGACCCGUCGCAGAAGAUUGACUACGUCUUCAAGCUGGUCCUAAUCGGAGACUCUGGAGUUGGGAAAUCUCAAAUACUGUCUCGGUACGCGAGAAACGAGUUCAGCUUAGAUUCCAAAGCUACCAUCGGCGUCGAGUUUCAAACUCGUACACUUGUUAUGGACCACAAGAGUGUCAAAGCUCAGAUCUGGGACACCGCUGGCCAAGAACGGUAUAGAGCGGUGACGAGUGCGUAUUACAGAGGAGCGGUUGGGGCGAUGCUUGUUUACGACGUGAGUAGACGUCAGACGUUUGAUCAUAUCCCUAGGUGGCUUGAAGAAUUGCGGAAUCACGCAGACAAGAACAUUGUGAUUAUACUCGUCGGGAACAAGUCUGAUCUUGAGGAUCAACGUGCGAUUUCUAUGGAAGAUGCUAAAGAGUUUGCUGAGAAAGAAGGUCUUUUCUUCUUGGAGACUUCGGCUCUAAACGCAGUCAACGUCGAGAGUGCUUUCUCCACUGUUUUGACUGAGAUUUUCAAUUUUGUCAACAAGAAAAGCCUUGUUGCUGGUGAAGGACAAGGUGAUAAUAAUGGUGAUCCUGCAUCGCUUGCUGGUAAGAAGAUUGAUAUUGUUCCAGGUCCUGGUCAGGUGAUUCCAACUAAGAGUAGAUUGUGUUGUAACACUUAGACCACCCUGUUCAACUUCUAUAAUUCACAUUUCUCCCUGUUAUAACCAAAUUAAGGGCCAUAUUUUGUGUUGAGGUUACUAGAGAAGCUUUUUAAUAGAGAUUGAAUUUGGUU